AAAUGAUAAUGGAAUGAAUGCAUUUUUAGAAUGUUGUAACAGCGGAAAAUAUGAGUUAAUGAAAAAAUUAGUAAUAGAUUUUCAAAGUAAUUUGGGCUCUAUAAAUCCAUAAACAAAAAGAUGCGGUUUACAUUAUGCGGCAAUUUAUAAUAAUGCAAAUAUUAUAUAAUUUAUACUCCAAAAUAAUUCAAGUCUAAAAAAUUUUUAAGACUAUUAGCUUUGCACCCCAUUGUUUCUUGCAGCCUUAAAUAAUAGUGAAAAAUGUGUAGAAGUUUUAUUAAAUUUUGAUGCAAAUAUUCAUCUUAAAAACAUUUAAAAUUUUACUCCUUUCGAAGUUACGACUUCUAAAUGUAUUAAAUAAAUGUUUUUAAGUAAAUAUACACUGAUUAAUAAUGAUUUUUAUUCGAGAAGCUAAUUUGAAAAUAGCAACUUUCUCGUUUAAAAUUCAAGAAAAGAUCGAAUUUCAAAUUUAUUAUAAAAAGUAAAAAUAUGUUAGAAUUAAUAAAAAGAAAAAAGAUUUGAAGAAAAUAAUUAAAAAAAAAUUAAUUAUUAAAAAAAAUAUAUAUUAAAAUUAAUCGAAAAAACACAAAAUUAAUUAAUAAAACAAGAAACCGUCACAUAAGAAUAUAUUGAGUAAUUAAAAAUUUAAAAUGAUAAUAAUAAAAUAAAUUAAAUUAAACCAGAGUAAAAAGCAGAACUUAAAUUAAAAAAGAAAAUUUCUUUGGAAGAUUUUAUUUUUUACAGAUCGAUUGGAGAAGGUGCUUUUGGAGAAGUUUUUUUAGUUACUUUUAAAGAAGGUGUUUUGUAUUAAAAUUAAGAAUCUUAAAUUUUAAAAAACGAUAAACUUUAUGCUUUAAAAGUUUUGAAAAAAGAAAUGCUUAAAAAAACAAAAAUGGAUAAAUAUAUAUAAGCAGAAAAGUAAAUUAUGUAAUCUUUUAAUCAUCCUUUUAUUGCAAAAUUAAAUUUAUCGUUUUAAAAUGACACACAUUUAUUUAUUUUAAUGGAUUUUUUUUAAGGAGGGGAUUUGGGAAGAAUCCUAGCGGAAAAUAUAAAAAUAGAAGAAAAGUACAUUAAAAUAUGGGCAAGUUAAGUUGUUUUAGCUUUAGAGGAACUUCAUAAUAAGGAUAUUAUUUACAGGGAUUUAAAACCUGAGAAUUUAGUACUUGAUCAAGAUGGAAAUCUUCAAUUAAUUGAUUUCGGGUUAUGUAAAAAAGGUGCAAAUAAUUUAACUGGAAGUUUUUGUGGAACUCCAAUAUAUCUACCACCCGAAGUGGUUGACAAAACAGGACAUAAUAAAAUGGUUGAUUGGUAUAGUUUAGGUGUUAUUAUAUAUGAAAUGCUUAUUGGAAGACCUCCUUAUUUUUCAACAGAUUAUGAUAAAUUAUAUAAUGAAAUUAAAACAGCUCCUUUAAGACUACCGAAAUCUUUACCUCAAGAAAGUAAGGAUAUUUUGAUUGGAUUAUUGAAAAAAAAUUAUAAUAAAAGGCUUGGAUAUAAAAACGAUGCAUAAGAAGUUAAAUAACAUCAUUGGUUUAAAGAUAUUGAUUGGUAAUUAGUUUUAGAAAA